AUGUUAGAUAACUUAAAUCAAGAUGUCUCAAUCCUCCAACCCUCCCUCCAAAUGACAGAUUCAUAGAUUCAGAAUAGAAUUCGACAGAUGAAGAUGGAAGACCCAGACGAUCAGACUUGCUAUCAGAAGUUCUGCAAUUUAUUCACCAUUGAGUACUCCCACCUUCCAUGUUAUAUAUUAAGGUAUUACCGUGAAUACUUCGACGUCACAACUGAAUUGGUCAUUGCAAAGGUUGUCAAUGCAUUCAACCCCUUCUCUGGGACCUUUUUCGAUAUCGGCGGAGGAAUACCAGAAUUGUAUGGACCAUUCUGGAUUUUAAAUACGUUGAUCUUCACCACAGCAUUGUCAGUCAAUAUCAUCAAAUACAUGCAAUUACAACCAGGGGAGCAUUUCGAAUAUCAAUUUCAAAUCGUACCCAUCCUUACCAUAUUCAUGUAUCUCAAAACUCUCAUCGUCCCCAUGAUAUACAGAGUGGCUCUUAAAUGCGUGUCACAAGAUCGGCUAACUCUUUUGCAUUGCUUAACAAUUUAUGGCUAUUCAGCUGUUGUCAUGAUUCCCAUUUCACUGCUCAAUUCGAUUCCCAAUCCUGUAAAAUCAAUGCAUUAAAUAUCUAUAGGCAAUACAAUGGAUGCUGUUGGUCUAUGUGUUGUUUGCUCAGACUUCAUUUUUGACUUCGAAUUUUAAUUAGGAACUAAAGUAUUUGCCCAAAGAAAAGAAAUAUAUGAUUGUCGGACUUGUUGCAGUUGUUCAGAUCACUAUAAUGAUUUUGUACAAAUUCUAUUUCUUCAGUUCAAUCAAUUAUGAGCAAUUGGGAUUAGUUAAAAAAAGAACGACUACUCAUUUACUACCACAUAUUUUGGGCGCUAAUUGA